AUGAAUCCCAAGAUAUCAGAUUUUGGUUUGGCGACAAUAUUCAAGAAGGAUGACAUUGAAGCAAAUACCAACCGAAUUGUCGGGACGUCUGGGUAUGUUCCGCCAGAAUAUGUGAGGAAGGGUAUAUACUCGAUGAAGUACGACAUCUACAGCUUUGGGGUACUGCUGUUGCAAAUCAUCAGUGGUAGAAGGACCUCAUGUUACUACGGCCUGAAUGAAAAUCUGAAUCUUCUUGAUUAUGCAUAUGAGCAGUGGAAAGACGAUAAAUGCAUGGAGUUCAUUGACCCGUCUUUGGAUGACUGUUCAUCAUCCUCCGUGAACUUCCCCAAGAAGCCUGCAUUUUCAAUUAACAAGGAUGAAGAUGAGGAUGGCAAGUGCUUGCUUAAGGAAGCAGUUCAUUCAGUCAAUGAUGCAUCAAUUUCUGAAUUGUUUCCUCGCUGA